CUAGCAUUGGUGUGUUUAGCUAGUUGGCAACUGGGCGUUGUGCGUGGUGUUUGCGUUCAUGUAAGUGACGAAUGGAAUAACAUCCCUGCAUAAGACGGAAAGAUAUACAUUUCAAAAGCCACCAUGGCAGCAUCUGAACAACUGCGAAUCUCUCAAGUCGGGCUGGUUGCCCGUAGUCCAGAGGGACAUGCAGCCAGAGGAAUGGCCAUCAAAGGACGUGAAGACUUGUGGGUGGAAAUACAAGCUAAUACAUUUCGUAAUUGGGUAAACGAACAUCUGCGUACAGUGGGGACAGAGGUUCGUGAUUUAGUGGCAGACUUCUGUGACGGUACACGUUUAUGCGCCCUAGUCGAAGUUCUCCAGAAGAGACCUUUGAGACCUUCAUGGAUCCAAAGACCUGCAAAUCAGCAUCAGUACCUAGAGAAUGUUGCUACUGCCCUUACAGCUAUCGCAGCUGACGGUGUUAAACUUGUCAACAUCGGUAACGUUGAUAUUGUUAAUGGAAACCUAAAGUUGAUCCUCGGUUUAAUAUGGUCAUUAAUUGUUCGUUACCAAAUUGGGCGGUCAAAGUUUCCACCAAAGAAACUUAUGCUGGCAUGGCUAAAGGCUGUACUUCCAGAAUGCCGUGUAAGCAAUUUCACAACAGACUGGAACUCUGGAGUAUACCUGAGUGCUCUGUUGGACUACUGUCGUCCUGGACUCUUCCCUCAUUGGAGGAACCUCAAUCCAAAGGACAGUGUUGACAAUUGUCACAGAGCCAUGGAAAUUGCCAGAAGAGAAUUUCAGAUCCCAAUGGUCUUGGAACCAGAAUAUUUGGCUUCUCCAUUUCUGGAUGAACUGUCUGGAAUGACAUACUUGUCUUACUUUAUGAAAGAAGAUAGCCCAGGAUUCCAUGCUACUCUGCGUUGGGUCAACAAUCAAAUACCAGACACUCACGUAAAAAAUUUCACUAGAGACUGGAAUGAUGGAACUGUGUUAUGUAAAUUAGUGCGCUCCUUGGGAGGACCCAUACCAGGCUAUGACCAGCUAACCACUGACUACUCUAGUUGGGAGAAGAACCUGAACAAAGGUAUCCAUGGGGGUGAAAAGCUAGGUGUAGAGCCUAUUCUGAAGGCUAAAGACAUGGCUGACAAGAAUGUAGAGCACUUAGGAGUAAUGGCAUAUGCUGCCAACUUCCAAUGGAUCCAACCACGCCAGAAACCUGGUGAUAGGUUGACUGUGUCAUAUGAUUGUCACACUGCAAAAGUCAACAAGCCAGCUGUUUUUAAAUUGGAGUACCUGCCCAAUGAUGUGGACCCUAAAGAGGUGACAGCAGAAGUCAUAGGACCAUCUGGAAAAGUGGAAUGUCGACUCCAAUUGAGUAAUAAUGGUGGAAGAGGGUCCUUCAUACCCACUGAAAUUGGAAUGCAUAAGCUUAUAGUGUAUAAUGAAGGCGAGGUUGCAAAAGGUUGUCCAAUAAAUAUCCGAGUGACUCCAGAGUUGACAAAGAUUUCAUUUCCAGGAAUGGAUCCCUGUGCCAUUGGUUCUAUUGUAGAAGUUCUAAUCAACUCAAAUGGUGCCAGCAGCAGAGAAAUUGAUGUACUAGCAAGAUCACCAACUGGCCGCGGACUGUCUUGCCCUGUACAAGAGAAUAAUGGUGUGUAUACAGCUACAUUCCAGCCUGAUGAAGCAGGAGAGUGGUCAAUUGCAGUAACACAUGGAGGGGAGCAUAUCCAGGGAGGCCCAUUUACAUGUUUUGUAUUUGAUCCCAAUGCUAUCAAGCUGAGGGGUCUGGAGGGGGCCACUCCAGGGCAGCCUUUUAACUUCACAGUUGAUGCUUCUGGUACUGGUGGUUUGGGGGAUGUAUGCCUGGACAUUGUAUCGGGUGGACGUUCUGUUCCACACCGAAUGGAGCCUCUUGGAGGAUCCAUGUACAGAGUAUCACUUGUACCACAGCAAGCUGGGAAACACAGAGUCUAUGUUUAUUUCAAUGGCAGUGAUGUUAAAGGCUCUCCUUUUCCUCUCCGUGUUGGAAGUCAGCAUUCAAGGGACAAAUCAAAUUCUCCAACAAACAGACGAAGCAGUAGUAGUCAUAAUCAGGAAUCUUGGACUCAAGAUCGAAGUACUCAUCAAGCUAGCAGUCGGUACACAUCCAGUUUUGGGCCUCACUCAAGUCAUCAGGUGGCUUCAGAAGAUGCAUAUUGGAAGAGAAGAAUGCCAGGGGUAACACUUCAUGUAGUGUCAGAUAACAGUCGUUCUUCUAUAGACCAGCGACUUAGUCGCACACACAUUACAGAAGAACGAAUUGGCUCCCCAUCCUAUGGUCUCACUAAUGGCCGUGGACCCAGUCCAAUCAUCAGCAAUAGCUCUCCAAGUCCUGUUAACAGUCCACUGUACCGUGACAGUCCCAUUCAUGGCAGUCGUUUUAGUCCAAUUUACAAACCAAAUGCCAGCCCAACAUUUAGAACACCUUCAAGUCCAUCCCAGAGCCCAACAGGAUUCAAAACCAGUUCCAGUCCUUUGCUGAAUAAUUCAAAUGUUUAUAAAUCCUCACCAAGUCCUGCUCAUAGUCCACUGGGUUUUAAACAUUCACCUAGCCCAGUAGGCAGUCCAACAUUUCAGCAUAAUGGUGGGAAUCACUCUGAGAGCACCAGCAGACGUUUCGAAAGUCAUGGAAUGAGAAGAGGUUCAGUGGAUGGUCUGGAUGAAGGAAAAGGAGGUGCAGUGGAUACAACUUCAAAUGUUAAAGUUUCUGCAGUGCUAGGAGGAUCCAAUCUAAGAGCUGAUUCCUGGGAUGCAAUUGCCAAAACUAAGUCACUUCUCUCUUAUGGGAGCUUAGAAUCUUUGGCAAACCUUACAGCAAAAUCAGAAGCCAGGAAAAAUGAAUUCUCACAUCACAAAUCAACAGUGCAUCAAAUUAACAGCACCAGCACAACUGCUGCAUCAGUUGAUGAGGUUGAUGCAGUCCAUUCCCGGUUCAGAGGCAGUUCCCCAUCACCAGGUGGCAGUCACCAGUACAGCAACGUUAUCAAUCAACGAAAUAAUGGAGGUCUGCUCAUUAUAGGGUCAAGAAACUCACCAACAGAGAAUGGAACUGGAGCAGGAUCAGUGCCUGCAACAGUAACAGGAGAUGCACUUAAGCUAGUACCUGUUAAUCGCCAGGUCUCCAUCGACAUUGAGCUGCCAAACAGUGCUGACCUAAGUGAGGUUACAGUCACCGUGACAGCUCCAUCCCAUCGAAAUUUGCCUGUGAAACUCUACCGGAACAGAGAUCAUAUUUCAGCUAACUUCACAGCCACCGAGAUUGGUGAACAUAUAAUUGACAUUAAAGUUAGAGAUCAGAAGGUUAUCGGAGCACCUUUCAGGACUCAUGCUUACAAUGCAAGAGCAAUCCAAGUUGGACGUAUCCCCAAUGGUGUACUGGGACAGCCUGUAGAAUUUGAAAUUGAUGGUUCUGGUGCGGGCUCAGGAAAUUUAGAGAUUCUGGUCAAUGGUGGUCAUGUGACAAGUUUUGUACGUAACCUUGGCAACCAGAGGUUCCUUGCCUCCUUUGUUCCACAUGAAGUUCUCAGCCAUCUAGUGGAAAUGAAAUUCAAUGGGGAAACCGUGCCUGGUAGCCCGUGGCAGGUGGGAGUGAUGACGGGCCCAAAGAUGGCAGUUUUGGGUGAAGCAGUUCGCUUAGUGGGAGCUGGAACCACUGCAGUGUUUGAGUUCAGUGCCCUUGGAUUCAGCCGUGAUGACAUUGAUAUUCAGAUAAUAAGUCCAUCUAAACGGCCAGUAACAGCCCGUCUGGUGGAAGAGAAAGGUGGAGAAUUUCGAGUGGAAUUUACACCAACAGAAGUUGGUAGCCACUUAGUGGAGGUGUCAGUUGCUGGCCAGAAGCUUCCAGCUGGUCCGUUGGUAGCAAAAGUAUACAACAGUGCUCUCAUUCGAGUAACAGACGUUGGAAGCGGUGUGGUGGGGCAGCCGUGUCAGUUUAGAGUUGAUGCAAGUCAGGCAGGGGAGGGGCAGCUCGAGAUCUCAAUCAAUGAAGGAGAGGUGCCAAAUCAUGUUCAGGUUGUAGGAGGUGGCAGAUGUUUAGUCAGCUUUACCCCAGAACAGACUAAACCCCAUCUCAUUGAUAUAAAGUUCAAUGGAGAAACUGUUACAGGUUGUCCAUUUGUGUGUUCUGUUUCUGACACAAGUCGAGUGUCUCUGACAUUGAGGAACCUUGAGCUAAUCCCUGUGAAUGAAAUAGCUCGCUUCCACAUGGGAGUUGAUGGAAGUGGUAGUGCUGAACUAGCAGUUUCUGUUAGGGGUCCAACCACAGAACUUCCAGUUAAGGUGACAGGCAACAUUCACAGUGGGUUCACAGCUGAGUUCACACCACGAGAUGUUGGAGCACACUCCAUUACUGUUGAGUACAAUGGUCAUCCCGUCAGUGGCACACCAUUUGUAGCUAAAGCGUAUGAUGCAAAGAGAGUGUUUGUAGGGCCUCUGCCAAAGGGAUCAGUUGGAAAAACACUGCAAUUUAUGGUUGAUGCAAGCCAGGCUGGUGAAGGCAAUUUAGAAAUUACUAUUAGUGCUCGAGGGCAUAAUAUACCUACACAAGUACAUCCUCAAGGAAAUGCUCGGUUUGCUGUUAGUUUUGUGCCUAUUGAAUCUACUGAUCAUGUUAUUAGCAUAAACUUCAACAAAGAAAGUGUACCAGGCUCUCCCUUCCUGGCACGUGUCCAAGGGGAUUCUCCACAUCAGAUCUUAGUUAGUGGACCAUCAUUGUCAUCAGCAGCAGUUGGCAAAACAUCCUUUUUCACUGUCAGUAAUGUGGCAGGAAGUGUUGAAGACAUAGAAGUCAAUGUGGAGGGCCCAAAUGGACAAUCAGUUCCUGCCCAAGUUAAAGACACGGGCUCGCAGACAUUCCAAGUUGAGUUCUCACCUCGGGUAGCUGGUGAGCACCGUAUUGCAGUGGCUUACCGCAAGGUUGCCAUAGCUGGGUCACCCUUCUCCUGUAAGGUGUAUGAUGUGAAAGCAAUCAAAGUCAAGGACGUUGCUGAAGGCAUUGUGGCCAAACCAAUUACAUUCAUUGUCGAAACAAGUCAAGCAGGCCCAGGUAAUCUAGAAGUGACUGUAAAUGGUGGACGAGUGCCUACAUCAGCACAAGCGCAGGGCCCACACACAUAUGCCAUUUCAUUCACCCCAAGGGAAGCCAUUGCACAUACUGUAGACCUGCGCUUCAAUGGUGAAGAUGUUCCAGGAAGUCCUUUCACAUGUCAGGUAUCAGAGGCUGCUCGAGUUGUGAUCUCAGGUGAUGGGCUGGAGAAAGUUGCAGUAAACAGGGCAGCUAUGUUCUGUGUGGAAGCAGAUCCUUCCCUUGGCCGACCUGAUGUUCAAGUUCUGAGUCCGUCUCGACGUCCACUGACUGUGGAUGUAGGUGUUCAGACAGCGGGCGGAUACAUAGUGCACUUCACACCUACAGAUGUUGGUGAUCACAGUGUGGAAGUGAAACUGGCUGGAGUUCAUAUUGAAGGCAGCCCAUUCCUCAUCAAGGCAUAUGAUGCUGCUAAAGUCAAGGUCACAGAUAUUAAUUCUGGAGUUGUUGGAAAACCAGUUUUCUUUAGCAUCAAUGCCAGCCAGGCAGGUGCAGGGAAUUUGGAGAUCAUUGUAUCAGUGAGUGGUCAUAAUGUGCCAAAUUAUGUGCAGUCUGAAGGGAAUGCAAAAUUCCGGGUGAAUUUCAAACCUCAAGAAGCAGCACCACAUAGUCUGAGUGUUCGCUUUAAUGGAGAACCUGUCCCAGGUUCUCCAUUCAUGUGUAAAGUUCUUGAUGCAAGUCAAAUAUUAGUAUCUGGAUCAGCUUUGAAAAUGUCACCAUUAGGACAAGCUGCAGUUGUUGUGGUAGAUCCCCAGAUGUCUGCAGGUGACCUUGGAUCUUGUGAUGUCACUGUGACUUCUCCAUCAGGUCAUUCCAUUCCAGUCAGGUUAACUAAGAGUGACAAGUUUACAGCAGAGUUCAUGCCAUCUGAAGUGGGUCGACACAGUGUUGCCGUUAUACUGGAUGGUGAACCAGUUAAAGGCAGUCCAUUUGCGUGCAACAUUUAUGACGUCAGUAAAGUCAAAAUCACAGGACUUGGUCCUUCUAAGGUUGGCAAACCUGCAACAUUCACGGUAGAUGCUUCAGAAGCAGGUGAAGGGACAUUGGAACUGGUUGUGAGCACAGACAAGACAACAGUGAAGGCAGAAGUAGUUGCCUGUUCCAGAGGUCUAUAUGAUGUUACCUUUGUUCCUCAUGAACCAGUACCUCAUUUUGUAAAUAUUUCAUUCAAUGAGGAGGAUGUUCCAGGUAGUCCAUUUAAAUGUGAAGUUCUAGAACUGGGAGUAAAAGAAAUGCGACAUAUGCAUCGUAAAGAGUCCCGUAUGGUUACAGUUCGUGGAGAAGGUUUGAAAGAUGUGGUUGUAGGAUCCACUGCUUAUUUUGACGUGGAUCCCAAAGGCAUGGAUGGUCGCAUAGAUAUGGAAGUUACGGGUCCUCAUGGUUCCCAUGUUCCAUGCUAUGUAAAGAAACUAGCAUCAGGCUUGUAUCGAGCAGAAUACAGACCUCAACAGGUUGGACUUCAUAGUAUUAUAGUGUUCCAUCAGGAACAGCCAAUCAGUAAGCAGCCCUUCACUGUAGAAGUGUUUGAUCCUCGGCAAGUCAAAAUUGUUGAAAUGGAAGAAGCAUUUUGUCAUCGCGCUGCAAGUUUCAAAGUGGAUGUGUCAGGAGCAGGACGAGGAGUGCUGUCAGCAAGUGUGAGGGCUGCUGGACAGGAAGUCAAACAUGCUGUACAUGAAUUGGAUGCAGGACAGUACCAAGUGGUCUAUCAUCCUAAGCUUGCUGUUCCACACAGAAUUGAUCUCAAAUAUAAUGGCUUACAUACAGCAGGGUGUCCAUUUGAAGUGUCUGUGAAGAAUCCAGCAGUUGGACAAGAUGUCAUAGCCACAGGACUUGGUCUGUACCAAUCACGUGCAGGGAAAGUAACAAGCUUUGUCAUUGAGACAUUGGGUCACCCAACAAAAGAGUUUGAUGUGGUUAUUACAGGUCCUCAGGGCUCUGCUGUGCCUGUAAGGUGCUAUCAGCAGAAAGAUGGAAACUUGUUGGCUGAAUUUACAGCUCACACUGCAGGAACAUACAAAAUUGAUGUGACACAAGGUUCGAGGGCUGUUCGUGGUUCUCCAUAUUACUGCCAAGUUUUUGAUGCAUCCAAAGUGAAGAUAGAAGAUGUGGGGUCAAAAUCAGUUGCUGUUAAUGAGAAGAUUGCCUUCAGGCUUCAGCGCAGAGAAGCUGGGUUUGCUGAGUUGGAUGUAACAGUGACUAGUCCUUUGGGCCAAGAUUUACCCCUCGAAGUUAAGAGCUGUGGAAACGACAAGGACUGUGACUUAAUUGAGUUCUGCCCAAGUUUACCUGGAAAUUACCGCUUCAAAAUGACAUAUGGAGGAGAAGAGAUUUUGGGUUCACCAUUAACAUUUACUGUUGAAGAUUCAGGGGUAGCGAAUGCAAGUGGUGAUGGCUUAUUUUGUGGCCAAGUAGGAAGUCCUAGUACCUUCAAGGUUGUGGGACCUGGUCUACCAGGGAAGCCGACUGUUCAUGUGGAUGGACCAGACCAUGUGGCUACCUGUAGCAUAGAAAGAGAGGCUGAUGGAAUAUAUGUAGUCACUUACACUCCUUUGGAAGUUGGGGUUUAUGAUGUCAGGGUAGACUGGGAUGACAGCCCUAUACCAGGAUCCCCAUUCCAUCCGAAGAUUGUAGACCCACUUAAGGUGCGGGUUAUAGGAGGUUGGGAAUCAUUCACAGACUCAGAAGGUCGAUUAGAGCUGGCAGUUCAUAACACUAAGAAGAUCAGUUUUGACACUUCAGAAGCUGGUCCAGGCCAGCUGACUGCAGAAUGUCGUGGUCCUUCUGGAAACUCUGUGCCCAUUGCUGUUGAACCAACCUCAGGAUCACGAGUGCGUUUGUUACUGACUCCACGAACCUCAGGAGAGCACUUGAUAUAUCUUCAAUAUGGUGGCUUUCCUCUCCCUCGUUCUCCACUUCUGGGACUUGCAGAUGGAGGCUUGGGGGCUUCCAGUGGCCCAGUACGAGUUGUACUGACCGGAAGAGGACUUGCAGGAGCAAGAUGCCAUGAAGAGGCAGAAUUUACCAUUGACGGAUCACAAGCUGGACCAGGUUUGCCAGAAGUAACUUUAACGGGCAUGAAAACUGACAUUAAAGUUCAGUUGCAGAACCUGGGUAACAGUACAUACCGAGCCACCUACACACCAACCAUACCAGGAGCUUAUCUUUUGAAUGUAAUGUGGUCAGAUAGGCAAGUGAAGGGCUGCCCCCUGAAAGUUGCAGUAACAGCAGUAGCUGAUGCAGGCAGAGUUGUUUGCUCUGGGGAUGGACUUCGUGUUGGUACAGUAGGCAAGGAAAUACGAAGCUUCAUUGAUACAAGACGUGCUGGCCCAGGUGAGCUGACAGCCCAUUGUGUUGGGCCACACAAAGUGGCAUACUGUGAACUCUACGAUCAUGGUGAUGGCACUUUUACUCUCAAUGUAAAACCACAAGAAGCAGGACGGCAUGCUCUUACAAUCAAAUAUGAUGGUGACCAUGUGCCAGGCAGCCCAUUUUCGUUACGUGUUGCUGGAGCUCCAGAUCCAAGUAAAGUGCGAGUGUAUGGGCCAGGUAUAGAACAUGGAGUUUUGGCCACAUUCCAGUCUCGUUUCAUCUGUGACACUCGCGGUGCUGGAGCAGGACAACUCACUGUCAGGAUCAGGGGACCUAAAGGUGCAUUUAGAGUGGAGAUGCAACGUGAAAGUCAGAAGGAUCGCACUAUUCUUUGCAAGUUUGAUCCAACUGAGCCAGGUGAUUACCGAGUAGAGGUGAAGUGGGCUGGAGAAUUGGUUCCUGGCUCACCGUUCAUUGUUAUGAUCUUUGAUACUCAAGAAGAGCUGAACAGAUUCCUGCAGGGUAGCCAUUCUCCAGGAUCAGAACUGUAUGGCAGUGUAGGGUAUUCUACAGGAUAUGCUCAUAUGAACUUUGGUGGUGCUCAACAGUCAUGGAGAGGUUCACAACCUCAACUGUAAAUGCAGGCUUUAUCUUACCUUGCAUGAAAGGUUUACUCCCAACUAGCAGAGAAAAUGUAAAGACAUCACUUCCUUUUUUCACGAUGCAGCAUUUUACAAAAACCAUGUCGUAUGACAGGUUUUCUUAAGCCCCUCCCCCCAUUACAUUCAUGUUUAUAUUUUCAGACCAUCGACCCACAUAAGAGCAAACAACGAAUGUUUCUACUUGUGUUACAUUUAGGAUCUGUGCGAAGUAGUAUGGUAAACAAUUUUUGAAUUGUACUAAACUCCACAUAUCACCAAAACUUGGUAUGUGAUACCAGUGAAUAAGAUUUAUUUACAUAUUGCUACCAUUGGUUCCAUAUAUCAAAUUUCUAGAUUUUAUAUGAAAGUAUCCAACUUACUGUUAUCCCUAAUAAAAGGUUCUUAUGUAUGCCACAUGUAUAAAGCACAUAUAAGCUUGUGUCCAUAAUCGGGAAUUAGUUUGUUUUAAAGUUGUCCAGUAUGUAUUACUUUUUGCAUAUUCUCUUUGUAUUUGUUCACUGGUACAUCACACUCAAGACAUACCAUCAUUUAACACUGAAGAUAUAACAGCAGUUGAGAAGAGAUUAUCAGCAUUCCCCCCUGUUGUUUUGUACAGGCUAUGACUACACACAUAAUGACUUAAUAUUUGGGAUAACAUUUUAUAUGCAGUGCAAUUUUUGUAUAUUACACUGUAAAGUACUUCCUCUGUUCAAAUUGCCAUUGUUAUAAAAUAAAAGAGGUGUUGGUUUUCAA